AUGCACUUACAGAAAGCGGUGAAAAACGGCCACACGGGCGCUCUGUACGUAACAUGCAUUGUUUUGCUCUUCAGUGGGGACGAAGAACUCAAGCAACAGGGCAUCAAGUUAUUGGGGAACAUGAAAAAGACGAACGGAUUGAAGAGAAGGCUUCGAAUUUGCCGCAAUAAUUUGAAUAGCAUUCUGGAGAUGAUUUGGGUGAAGAACCCGGUUUUGCUGGAGCCGCCGGUUUGCUGUACGGCCCAAGAUCCGCACCACAGGAAAAGGCGAUGGUCUGAAGUAGAGGAAGAUGUCACGUGCGAGGCUUGUGUUGCUGAUCAAGAGAUUAAUUUACUUAGUGGUAGAUACAAUUUUGAUUAA